AUGGAACAUAUCCUAAAGUGGAGGUCCAUUCGAGAACAAGCAGUCAUCGCCACAGGAACCGAUGUCUACAUCCCUCAGAUUAUAUACCAACCAUACACAGAGGCGGAUCGUGUCCGCUACAUCCAGAAAGCUGACCUCAAGGAACCAAUCAUCUUUAUGACAGCACAUCCCAAUCAGUGGGGCAUACCACUUGAUGAUGCCAUCAAAGCUAAGAUGAAAGACCUUCUCGAUAAAGAUGACAGCAUGUUUGAGGACUGUGGGCCCUCAGUGUCCAUCAGGCUUCAGUGGCCCGGAUACCGCUCGUGGACCAAGCAGAUCCCUACGAUGGACUUUAAAAGUCCAAAGGGUCCGAUCACAAGAGCUAAAUUGGCUAAAAACAUCGCCAACUGCGUCAAGCGAUUCAUCGAAGUGCGCCCUACAAAGCGCAUGGAGAUGGAAGCAGACCGCCGGUGGAGAGUUGGAAACCGCUACAUCAGGAUGGAGGACCUUAUCUUGGUGUCCCUGCACCACAUUUCCAAGGGCAGCUGGCAACCUCAGCUGCGUCUACGCACUACUAUGAGUGACCUUCAACUCCGCCGCACGCUUCCGCCUUCCAGCGCAUAG